GAUUAAAUUACGACAGAAACCGCGGGGGGCAGUUGACAUUGUUGACCCAUCACAACAUUCCUUAAACACUUAAGUUCUUAGCGUUACUGUGUUGAUGAAACCAACGUAUAUAUUAAGGGUGCGAAGAUACAGUGAGUGCAGAACAGACUAUGUCAACCGUCAAGACUGCCGACUUAACAGAGCUUAAAUCAUUGGCCGCCCCCCCUCAAGAUGUGAAAUCCAUUUUACAUGCUGUAGUUUUAUUGCUGGGUUACCCUGAGAAGCUAGCAUCAAAUUGGAAGUUUGUCAGAAAAGUAAUGGUCCACAAAGGUGAACAGGGUAUGAUGCAUGGUAUGGAACAUUUUGACGCCAAAAAGGUCUCUAAAGUAUCUGCCGUCAAGGCGAGGGCUCUACUUGAUUCCUUAAAUGUGGAAAGGGUUAAACAAGUUAGCAGAGCUUCUGUUUCCUUCCUCUUAUGGGCUAAGAGUCACCUUGAAGAAGUAGAGGCAGCAGUUAUAUAACAAGGGUGGAUCCAUGAUUAUUUGAAGGGGGGUGCAGUCCUUUUUUAUUUUGACAAGAAAUAAUUUAAACAGCAAUCAAUAUGUUCUACAAGAAAUAUACCUGAUAAUAACAAUAAUCUGUCAUAUAUGUAUAGCAAUAAGUG